AUGAACAAGCAAGAUCCAAUCAUCAUCGUCGGGGCCGGCAUCUUUGGGCUCAGCACCGCACUUCACCUGGCCAUCUCCGGAUACACGGAUGUGACCGUCUUUGACCGCCACCCCGUCGACAAGACGCGGUACUCGUACUAUGACGGCUGCGACGGCGCCUCGGCCGAUGCCUCGAAAAUCAUUCGCUCUGCCUAUGGCGGCCAGAAGGAGUACACGGACCUCAGCGCCGAGGCCAUUGUGCUCUGGAACAAGUGGAACGAGGAGAUCAAGGCCGUCGACCCCGACAACGGCCUCGGCCUGUCCCGGAGCGACACCAUCUGGAUCAACAACGGCGUGCUCAUGUGCACCGACCAGCCGGUGCUCAGUGACUUUGACCGGGCUUCGGCGAACAACGCCAACCCGCCGGGGCAGGACAAGGUCGCGCUCGUGACGAGCGAUCCCGAGGACCGCGCCGUCGCCGCAUCCAAGGGCCUCGCGCACGCGCUGUGCCCGUUCGCCCAGGACACGGUCGGCGUUCUGGACACGACGGGUGGCGUCGUGGUUGCCGACAAGGCGUGCUGCUUCGCGCUGUACAAGGCGCGGACGCUCGGUGUCCGGUUUGUCCUGGGCGGCGCGGCCGGCACCUUUUCGGCCCUCGUGCGCGCCGGGGACGCGGUGACGGGCAUCACGACGGCCGACGCCAAGGAGCACCCCGCGCAGACAGUCAUCAUGGCCUGCGGCGGGUGGACGCCAGCUCUCGUCCCGGAGCUCGACGGCCUGUGCGAGACGACGGCGGGGUCGGUGAUGCUGUACAAGAUCCCGGCGGGGUCCCCUCUCCGGGAGCGCUUCAGCCACGCGCGCUUCCCGGCCUUCAUGUUCAAGCAGCGCGAGGGCGUCGACGGGGGGCUGUACGGGUUCCCGGUGGACCACCACGGGAUGCUCAAGAUUGGGUACCGCGGGACCAAGUACACGAACCCGGUGGCGCAGGCGGACGGCAAGGCGCGGAGCGUGCCGCGCACGCGCUGGACGACGGGCGGCACGGCCCUCUCGGACAUUCCGCAAAAGGCGCACCAGGUGAUUUCGGACUUUGUCGCGACGUACCUGCCGGCGCUGGCCGAGGCCGGCGUGCCCGUGGCCAUGAGCCGGCUGUGCUGGUACACGGACUCGUUUGACAACCACUACCUCAUCGACCGGGUGCCGGGCGUGCGCGGGCUCGCGUGCGUCACCGGCGGCAGCGGCCAUGCGUUCAAGUACCUGCCCAACAUUGGCAGGUGGGUGGUUGAUAUUCUCGAGGGCACGGAGCUGGACCGGCCGCUGGUCAGGGCCUGGAAGUGGCGCGCGCUCAGGGAGGACCAGACGCCGGUCAACAAGCUCAUGCUGGGCCGGACGGAUGACAGGACGCUGGAGAAUACAAAGUUGAUAUCGGCAGAGACGGAGGGACUCGGUCACGCUCUGGCGAACCAGAGUCUGAGCUAG